UGACUCCGACAUUGUUGGCUCUUAAAAGAAUUUGGGACUGCCCUCUCUCUAUUCCUCCUUCUGUUCCGAUUCUCAAAUCUCUCUCUUUCUUUCUCUCUCUCCCGGCGCCGAUUGCAAACUCCGGCCAAUUAUCGCCGUAAAGACGCAUAAUCACCGUAUUGUUGACGAUUGAAUCCAUCUUAAUUCCACACAGCCAUGAAUCCUGAAUAUGACUACCUGUUUAAGCUUUUGCUCAUUGGAGAUUCGGGUGUCGGCAAAUCGUGUCUCCUUUUGAGGUUUGCUGAUGACUCAUAUCUGGAAAGUUAUAUUAGCACUAUUGGAGUUGACUUUAAAAUCCGCACAGUCGAGCAGGAUGGGAAAACCAUUAAACUCCAGAUUUGGGACACUGCUGGACAAGAACGUUUUAGGACAAUUACUAGCAGUUACUAUCGUGGUGCACAUGGCAUUAUUGUUGUUUAUGAUGUGACAGAUCAAGAGAGUUUUAACAAUGUCAAGCAAUGGUUAAGUGAAAUUGACCGCUACGCAAGUGAGAAUGUAAACAAGCUUCUUGUUGGAAACAAGUGUGACCUCACAGCACAGAAGGUUGUGUCCUAUGAGACGGCAAAGGAAUUUGCGGAUGAAAUUGGAAUUCCUUUCCUGGAAACAAGUGCAAAAAAUGCUACCAAUGUGGAACAAGCUUUCAUGGCCAUGGCUGCUGAGAUCAAGAACAGGAUGGCAAGCCAACCUGCAAUGAACAAUGCCAGGCCUCCAACAGUUCAGAUCCGUGGACAGCCUGUCAAUCAGAAGUCCGGUUGCUGUUCUACUUGAAGGGGGAAGGAGUAUUAAAAGACAGUCUGCUAGAUAUGCCCACCUGUGUUCGCCAUCACAUGUAAAACUAGUUUCACUUAGUUAACUUUGAUUGUGAAGAAGACGGUUCAUCAUGAUUUGCUUUAGUUGUCCCUGCUGUUUGUUGCUGUUUUAAACCUCCAUUCUUUUCAAUGUAUUUUGUGGUUUAAAGAACAUUUGUACAAAGUAGGAAUAUUGCUGAAAAUCAUUGUUUGCCAUUGUUCUCUUCUCCUUUAUGUUGCCUUUUUGCUUUCCCCGCUGCAUAUGGAUGUUGGCGAUAGGAAUCAUCCCAAUAAUGUUUUAUAUUCCACCUGAAUAAAUUGACGGGUUAUGGAACAA